GGGUCCAGGGGAGAAUUCUUCCAUUGACUUAGUUACCACCUCCUGGAUUUACUGCAUCGACCAAAGAACCCUUCCCGUCGCUGUAGGAAGUCUACACUACAGCGCUACAGCUGAGCCGCUGCAGUGUUCCUAGCGUAGACCUACGGUAAGUCACUGGUUCCAAUCCCGGCCAUAUCCCUAGUAGCAGAAAUUCAUCACGUCUGACGGCUGUUCAGUAGCCUGGGUUAGUGCCCUCAGGUCAGUUCCUAGGUGAAACAUAUUUCAUGAAACUACCCAAAGGUCUGGCAUAAUUGAAUAUAAAUUGCAGUCUUUACUCACAAGAGCUUCAGGUCUAGGGAUUAAACAUGAGGUGUUACUGACAGAUCCAUGUGAGGGUGUAUUGGCAGAAUGAAUGAGAUGAGUGCUUACAGAGCAAAACCCACAUUCUUUUCCUAGCUAGUCCCUUGUUACUGAAUACAUUGUGUAGUUCAGAGAGAGGUGUCAGCGUAGCCCUAGGGGACAGGAAGUCCUGCACUGUCACCCCAGCUCUGACACUAACUCCAUCUGUGGUCUUGAACUAGUCAGUCUAGCUAAAAUUUUCAAAAAUGGCCCCUGAUUUUUGAGUGCCUAACUGAUGACAGCUUGGGGCCUCAUUUUCAGAAGCAUCAAGUACCCAGUUAAAAUGAAAAUGGGUGCUUUGCAUUUCUGCGAAACAGGUAUGUGAAACUGAGCACCUAAAACCACUGGCUGCUUUUGUAUCUUUUGGGCUGAUUCUCUCUGUGUCUCUGCAAAACGCAGCUACUAAACAACCCUCACUCACAAGGGAGUUCUGAGAUUUCAUCAGCGACUAUUUGUAAAGCACUUUGGAAAUGCAAAGCACCAGGUAUUAUUCCCAGUCACGUGAUCCCUCACCACAUCAUUAGAAUCAGAAGUUCAGGCUACUGCAUACAGACUCAUGACAACAUCCAAAAGUUUAAAAGGAAGUGAGAUUGUUAAACCACCAACUGCACCCCCCUGCCCAGGCCAGAUGUUAAGCCCUAAAGAGCUGAAGUGGCACAAGGAAUUACUUUCCCAAGUUCCCCCAGCUCUGGCUGACAGACCUUGAUCAAUGUUUUUCUCCACAGUAAGAGCUAUGCAGAUGGUCUACCCAGAACAGGGCUUCUAUGAAGUACAAAGGGAAGUCAAACACCAUUUCUAAUUCAGCUUGUAGCAUGGCACACUUUCAUUAUCCUCUGUCUGAAUGCGGUGAAUAGAGAAACAGUGUGGGAAACUCAGAGGAACUCCAAACUCACGCAGUCUGAGGGCCUAUAACAUACUCUUGUCCUCGGUCCCACAUCUGCCUGUAGCAGACACAAGGAGAGAGAAUGACAGAAAGAAAAAUCGGGUUAUAAAACACCGCAAGGGUGGUGGUUGAGGGGAAAGCCAGUGAAGAAAAAACAGGUUACUGUAGCUGGAGAGAAAUUGCUGGAAAUUCAGACGGGGAGCUCUGAGUAAUAUAUAAACCCUCCUCACUCACAAGCAGCAGCACAGGGAAUGACUAGGGGGAAAGGGCAGACCCAGGGCUUGAUCCAGCACCCAUUCAGGCCCACAGAAACAGUCCCACUGAGUUCAGUGGAGCUGUACUGCUGGGCCUGUAUUAGGUUCUCUGAUCCAGGCCUGCAUAGUGCCGAGUGCUUUGUCUGCCCCAGAGUAUGCAGUAUGGGCUCCUGGGUUUUGCAAACGACUUCUUUGGUGCAGCUCCAUAUGUCAACUUUUACCGGCGAGAGCAAGAGCUGAGGCCACCGCAACAACAGCAUUCCAGGUGUCUGAUUCCUUUCAUGCAGAAAUCUCAAAGCCCUUUGCAAAUAUUAAUGAACCAGGCCACUUGGCCCUCUUGGAAGUGUUAUUCUCCCUGUUUGACAGUUGGAGAAACUGAGGCACAGAGGAGUGAAGUGAUUUGCUUAAGGCCACACAGUCCAUUAGUGACAGAGCCCAAAAGUCCAAAUUGCCAGUCCAUUGCUCUAACCCCUCCCAGCUCUGUCAGGACAGCUGCUGUCAUCAGGGAACAGUCUGAACAAAUGUCACUACCCUCUGCAGAUCAAUGUGUUAGCAGUAGUGAAUGUUGCGGUACUUGUCCACUGGCUUUGCACCAUAGUCGGGGGCUCACUGCGUCCUUACCCAGUGAACUCAAAUCCACAACGUUCUCAAAACUCAGUCAAAGCUGAGUCAUCUUUCAUGUGGAGGCCAUCCCUGCAAAACCACAAACUGAGCCCAGAUGGCCUCACGACUGGGCCAAUGUUUGAGUUGUAGCAAAACAAUUGCCAGAUGCAGGCUGAGUCCUGAGUUGGCAGCGGAGGCCGGAGCCUGAUUUGCGCAGUUUUGCUGUGGAGGUUUUGCAGCUCUCUGAUUCACAGAGCUGGAGAGGAAGGAUGGCUGUGUGUGCAAUGGGAGUCCUCUGGACUAUUGCCACAUCUGCCAUGCUUCCUGCAUGAACUUCAAAAAGUCACUGAGGGCCUGAUGGGUUGGUUGGUUGUUUUUUCAGAGUAGAUGCCCACUUGUAUGUCUGCUUUACAUUUGUGCUUACUGUGUGUGAAAGGCCAAAUACGGAUUUGCACAUGCAAGCACCUAUUUAGCCACCUAAGUGUGCAAAUCAUGUGACUUGGGGACACACACACACACACAAUAAGUACACUCAAAAAAGUAGGCCCAGAUCUUUAUGAAAAUCAGGCUUUUAGCCUGUUGCUCCUCAGUUAUCCUGUGAAAUGGGAUAUUCUACCCAAUUUGUUCAUAAAUGCUUGAAAAGGGCUCUCUGAGCUGCUUGGAUAAAAAGGCCUGAUUCUGAUUGCAGCUAUGUUGCUGAAAAUCCGGGAUAAUUCCCCGGAAGAUGGUGGAGUCACUCUGGAUUUACAUUGGUGUAGCUGAGAUCAGAAUAUGGCCCUGGAAGUGCCAAAGGAUAUGGGUCAAAUCCAUAAAUCCUGCUCAGGCUUUACUCAGGCUGAAAUUCCCAUUGGCUUCAGUGAGGGUUUCUUCCUGGAAAGAGUUUCAGGAUUUGGCCCAAUGGGAGUUUUCCCCGAGUAAGGUCUCCAGGGUUCAGUGCUAACUUUGUGUAUCCAAGUCCGCCAAGAUCUUGCCGCCUUUUCCAUCCCUCACACAGAGUUCCUUUUCUCCUAAGUACCCUACCAUGGUAAGCAGCUUAUUAACAUAAGGCUGUGGAAGUUUGUGUACCUCCAAGUUUCCCACACCAUUUCUUAACUAUAUUCAUUCCCCACACAAAGGAAGUGUGCCUGGCUACAAACCAUAUUAGCAAUGGUGCUUGACUUUGUAUUGUGUUCAGUGGGAAACCCUACUCCCAAAAGGCCAUCUGGGUAGCAGUUAUCAGAAAGGAAGCAAUCAGAGCAGUGAUGAUCUCUGAAGACUUGGGAAAGCAGCAGCUCCUUUAGAACGCCUUGAAAGCUAACAUCUGACAGAGAUUCAGGAGGCAGGAUAUUGUUUACUCCACAUUUCAAGUAUGGUACCUGUAUGUAGGAUCUUACGGUCAUCAUCUGUUUUCUUUCCAAUGCCGUGUGCUCUAGUCCCACAGUAGAAAGCAAUCAUUCUGACGUUGGGACAUAAAUUAAUUCCAAAUUCAUGAUCCCUGGUGUAACUCCAUUGAUACUUGUAGCUUUACACUGGGUAUGAAUCUGGCUUAUUGCCCUUCUUUGGGAUUUCCAAAUCAAACUGGAGUUACAGAAGCUCAUUCUCAUGUCAUGCCAAAGUGAUGGUCUCCUCAAAAGCUAAUUCUUCACGGGUUAGUUAAUUUCCCUUGUUGAUUGCAAAGCCACAAAGAAAACCAUGGAGUCAUUUUUUUAGUUUAUUUUUCCUGAAACUAGAACAUUUGUUCCAGGAACUACGGUAUCCUUGUUGUGUGACUCAGAGGGAGGCAGGGAAAAGCUGCUGUCAAGUCAGGGAGACUUUGCACUUAUGUCACUUUACAGACAAUAGAUGAACCCCACAAAACCAGUAAAACACACUUUACAAUCAUCCCUCUUUUACAACUGAGGCCCAUAGCAGUUAAGUGACUCACUCAAGGCCACAGAGCUCAUACCAGAGACAAGGAUAGAACUUGGGAUUCAAGGGCUCCCAGCCCCAACCCUGCCACAACCAAAUGGCUCUUGCAAAAAAAGUCCAUCAAAUUUCAAACAUAUCAAAAAAACAAACAGAACUAGAAAGUAAUUCCCCUGCGGGGCUUAUUGGAAAUCAAGUGGGGAUUGUAUUCCACACCGUUAAUUUCCUGCAAGUGUUGAUCAAUUUCCAAAAACCUUGAGGAGCUGGUGGGGGGAAAUAUUAUGUUCUUUUUUCCAAUGCGGCAAAUUCUGCUGUCCUUAAUUGAGUGAAAUUACCAUUGACUUCAAUUGAGCUAUAGCAAUUCAAGAUGGCAAGAUUUGGCCCUAUGUAAUUAUUUGAUUACUCAGGCUACCUUCAGAUGAGAAGUAAAACGUCUGUUUGCAAAUUCUAUUAGUUUGAGAACAUGUUCUAUAAGCAAGGGCCAGAUCCUCAGCUGGUGCAAAUGAGUGUAGCUCCAUUGACUUCUGUGGAAUUAUUUGGAUUUAUACCAACCGAGGGGACAAAAGUGACUCUAAUUACCCCGGUACAGUCAACUAACAGCGCUGAGGAUCUGGCCAGUUCUAACUGAGUCUGACCCCAAGGUUCUCUGUUCGAAAGAGCAUUCCGAGUCCUGGCACAAAAUCUCAGAAGUGGCCAGAAGCCCAAACUGUGAUAGAGAACAGGCACAUGCAGGACAGGCUCACCUGUGGACUCCCACGUCCAUGCUAACAGGCUUUACCACUGAGAGCUCAUUUUCUUCCACAAAAAUAGAAGUCCUGAGAUGGGCCAGAAAACUCAUAGGGCACAGGACCCCUCCCCCCCACCCCGGACCCUCCCAAAAGGAGGGUAAGUGUGAAAAUGCUUUGAUUGUUCUGUACAACUGGUUAUUACAGGGAGGGGCAUCUGACACUUAAAAAUGCUUUGUUAGAUUAAACGUGGGGCGUGCAUGUGUGUGGUUGAUGGUGCAGGGAGAAUUUAUGGCCCUUCCCGUAUCUGGUUAUUAGUAAGCGCAUCUGCAAAGCAGGAACAAUCUCAGGCAAAGUUGUUAGUUGUGUGUGCGGGCUGGGGAACUGGCAGGUUUCGCCCAAUGUGUCAUUGGCUAAUCAGCCCUAGAAAUGAGUUUGCUGCUUGAGAGUUUCUAUUUCAGAGGCUGUCCCCAAAGGGGCGCGGGAGAGCAAAAGAUGGGGUUUCUAGGUGGCAUUACAUGGGCUCAGAAUUAAUCCACAUGCUUUGGAGGAAACAUGUGAGAGGGUGUCAGAAAACUUUCCCACAACUUGACAUAAAAGACUCAGAGCUCAACAGCUGCUGUUCUGUACAAAAGAAGUGAGCCUAUUCAAGGGCAGUACAAUGGGGGAAGGAAAAGCAGAUCCUGGAAGAGGUCACUUAAGCCUUACCUGGUUUUAAGAAUAACUGAAUCAGAGAGAGAUGGCUAAGUGUGUGCGUGUGUUUUCACUUUCAUAUACGUUACACACAGUUUUAUACCACAUUCCAUGGCAGGAUCCCCAAACUUUUAACAAAUAUAAACUGAGCCUUAUAAGACUAGUGAGAGAAGGGAAUAUUAUAAUCCCCUUGUCACAGAUGGGAACACUGAAGCACAGAGAAGUGAAGUGACUUGAUUAAGUUCACACAGUGAAUCCGGAACAAAUUUGAGAACAGAACCCUGUACUUCAGCAGCCUGGCUCCAUGCUUUAACUCUACCCUUGAAAUGUAACUAAUUGGAAUGGAAGACAUGCACUGUUCUUAUCAGGCUGACUCCAUGCAAUUCUAAACAUACAAAUGGUGCAGAAAUCAAUCUGCUUCCGUUUGAUACUCAGCUUAUCUUUGUGUGAGGUAAUUUAAUGCUCAGAAAAGUGAGCAAGGACUCCUUGCUAUUCAAGCAGGCAGAGUGUAGUCAGGUGUAGUGCAAUUUAUUAUUAUUUAUUAUGAUAUUGUAUUUUAUUUUAUUUAUUGGAAACAUGCAGCUCUAAGGAUACAUCUUAAUAUCCUAAACAGAAGCAUCUCUUGCUAGUGUAUCUCUAGAGCAGAGACUGCUAGUAAGAUAAAUUCUAGUAUGGAUUGUAGCCUAGAGAAGGAGAAUAGGAAUCAGGACUCCUGGCUUCUAUUUCCAGUUGUGUUUCUGACUUGCUACAUGACUUUGCUCUGUGCCUCAGUUUCCCCAUUGAUAAAAUGGGGAUAAUCACACUAAAACCUAAAUUAAUGUUCAUUAUAUGUUUUGAGAUUCUUGGAUGAAGGUAAUGCAUAAAUGCAGAAGUAUUACAUGUAUUCAGCACCCACUAAGAUUUCCCCCUUUUACCUCUGGAUUCUCUCUCGUAUUUAAGAACAGAUAAAUAAAGUAUUAUUGUGACUAUUUUUCCCAUAUGGGGAAGUUGAGAUGAUCAGAAGUGAAGUGCCUAAGAUCACUCAGGACAUCUGAGAACAGAACUCAAAUCUCCUUCCUCCCAGUCCUCUGCUUAACCACAAGACUGUCCAAAUAACAACACUCUGUGUAGAUGUGUGUACCCACAAUGAAGUGCAUUGCUUAUCCUGAGCCAGACCAUAGAGUACACACUCUGUUUUGAGUCAGGCAACACUUGCAUUGAUGUCAACUGAGGAGGAACUUCAGAAUCUGGCUCAUUGUUAUUAAAACAAACCCACAGAAAACAACAACCCUGGUUUUAAAUUAGCAAAAUAAAGUCUAUAGUUUAUUUUCAGCAACUAGCGAACCCAGCCAUCUUCGAGCAAGUGUGCUGCUUGCCUUCAUCGGUGUGUCUGUGUGUGUGUGCGCGCCCGAAGUGUGUGCCUGGGUGUGUAUGUUUUCAAAAAAGAUACAAUCCCAUCUUUUCCUCUGCACAGAUUAGCUUUUUUCCCGCCAUCAGCAACUGGCUCCCGCAUUCACCAUUGUAUGUGAACUGAAUAUUGUGUGUGCCCGGAAAGCUAUUGAUUUGCAGCAUCAGUCAGCAGCCUUUUCUCACUGAGGGCCAGCUCUUUCCCAGCUUCUAACAUGUAAUUUGGAUCCCAAUCUUUCACGUACCACACACUCCCCACCUGCUCAUCUGGGAGAAGGUCAUUAUCCGCCAGCUAUUCACUGGCGAUGGAGCAUGCAAGAAUAGAUGCUUCUUCUAUUGUCCUGCUUAUCUCUGAUUGGCUCUGGAGUGUGGGAAACUCAACCAAGUCAGAGACCCACAGAUUCUCAACAAGGUUGUGCAGUAUAAAUAUAGGGCAGAGUCCACUUCCAGCAGCACACUUCCACAGGACUUCAGCACGACGGAGAUCUGCCUCCUUAGCUCAGGACAGAUGGCCCCCAGCACUGUUUUCAUGGAGCACAACAACCUGCUGACACCAAAAGAGAAAAACAAACUCAGGAAGCCGGUGGUGGAGAAAAUGCGCCGGGACCGGAUUAACAGCAGCAUUGAGCAGCUGAAACUCCUGCUGGAGAAGGAGUUCCAGAGACACCAACCCAACUCCAAGCUGGAGAAAGCUGACAUCCUGGAGAUGACUGUUAGCUACCUGAAACAGCAGAGCCAGCUGCAGAUAAAGACUGCAGGAUCCAUCCAUAAAAACUCUCAGUUCGACUUCAAGGAAGGCUACUCCAGGUGCCUGCAGGAGGCUUUUCAUUUCCUGUCUCUCCAUAAAAUCCAAACAGAAACACAGAGCAAGCUCUUGAGUCAUUUCCAGAAGAGCCAGUCGGCUGCGCCAGAGAUCAUCUGCUCCCCUUCCACCCAGAACACCCCAAAGCAAGCAUCCCUGAAGAACGUCAGUGCUCUCUGGAGACCCUGGUAGACUGCAGGAGGAGGGGGGCAGGAAACACUUGCUCUAUGGACCUUUGUCUUUUAUAUUCCAGAGGAUGGGUGUGACUGCAUCUGAUAGUCACACCCUGAUCCUCUCUAUGUAGGGAAUAUUAUUUCCCAUUUUAUUUAUGUGUGGAAAGAAUGGGAUACUUUUGAUUCUUCAGUUUCAUGUGGGAUCCUCUGGAAAAGGUUCAGGUAUUCUGUUGAGUGGUAUUUAAGCUGUGCAGACACUGGUGAUAGCAAUGUACACCAGGGCACCCAGUCUAGGGGCGUGUGUCUUCAUAAUGAAGGAGGUUUUUGUAGGUGGCUAAAUGUUAUCAGUGUUACAGUUGUGUUAAGAUUGUAACAGAUAGCGGUCUCUGUAGGAGAGAAUGCUCUGAUUUUGCUUGUAAAAGCUGUCCGCUUUGCUCCCGCUUUCCUAGCAACCUUUGCUCACUCUUAAUUUAGGACGAAUUUAGUAGCUCACUGUUGGUGGACGGUUUUACAAGUUCUGUUGCCCUCUGUUUGCUUGCAGCGCUUGCAUAGCAGCAGAGAUAGAUUCCUAGCUUCUGUUCACCCAUCACACUUUAGGGCUAGCAAGAGGUCACUAGAUAAAACUAUGUGGAAUAUUUCUACCAUUUUGCUGCUUUUCUGUUUAGGAAAAUAAUAUUUUAAUGCUUUAUAUUAAAGAAAAAAGAAGGUCGAUGCAAGGUUUGGUGGUUCAAUGUUAUACAUUUUGGCUGUCAGGCUAGCUCUUUCCAGUAUGUUCAUUAUUAUAAUGAUUGUUUUCUGUACUGAGCGGUUUCAUUCAUUGUGGAUGGUGAGUUUCUCCCAUGUUUGGGAAUGGCCCUGGUGGGCUCUGUGCAUACCAUGUAUGCAUCUGUAUCACAUGAUUGUAGAGAGAAAUAAAAAUGCAUUUGUGUGCAACUGCUGGCUAGGUUUCCUUCUUGUCAGCUAUGUGCAGCUGCAUGGGCCAUUGAAACGCUCUUUGCUAAUUUAACACCACCACAGUGAUUGCAAGAGGAGACUUUUCAAACCAAAGGAGUUCGUGUUCCUGCCUAUCCUAGGCACUGACGGGGCCCCCAUCAGUGAGACAGCGGAGCACCUCACCGCCUGUAACACAUUGAUCUGCACAACACCCCUGGGAGGUGGGGCAAUGCU